AUGACUCGCUUCUUGCAUGCACCGAGGGCAACAGGAGAAAGAAUUUGUGCAUCACCAUGCGGCGUUUUCCUGCUCCUUUUGCCUUUUCUCUUGUCCUCGCUUCUCCCAUCUCCCCGUCUCUCGCCUCUCCCUGCGCCGCCGUCUCCGGAGGAGACACUGCGACGCCGAGACGGCGUCUGUCUCCGCUCUCUGUCUCCGCCGCUCUCCCCUUCCACCACAGGGUGGACAGACACCGAAGAGUUCGUGACUCGGCAGGCAGCACAGUGGGGAGGCACCCCAGCUCUGCCUUCUGUCGCUCUUGGCUCGUCUCAUGCGACAGCUGUGUCUAGACAGUCUCCCUCGGACUCCUGUUUCUUCUGUCGCUCUGUGCACUCGAGUGAGUGGUGCCGCGGAAAUGGAGACACAAGCAUCCAUGCAGGAGAUGCGCCAGAAGGCGACAGGCUGGCAGCGCGCCUUUGGUUCCCCGUUUUCUUUGCCGACGCCGUCUCUCUAACCGCGGCUCAGAGAAGCCUGACAGCGAGGGCAUCUCUGCACUCGCGUUCUCCGUUUCACACGGGUGCUCUGCGACCGUCGUCUCUGCCGACGCAUCUCGGCAGUCGUCGCUCCCCGCGUCUCCUCUCUUUUUCUGCAAAGGUGCCGAGAUGCUCGCAACCGAGAGACGCCGGACGUCAGGAUUCCAGAAGGCGCCGAGAGUGUGUGCACUUCAAGCGGCGUUCCGAACGCGAACACAGCGAAGCAGGAGACGCGCAAAAGUUCAAAGGUGACAUCGAGAGACGAGGCCAAGUCGCGAGGAGGAGCACAAGAAGGAGGCGUGGACGUUUCCACCGUUCGCGACCUUCUGCGUCUGUCUCGACGCUUUCGUUCCUGUCUCUGUUUCUCCCGAUCCCUUCAACGCCUCCUUUUUCGCGCGUGUGUUUUUCCUUCGUUCUCCGCUCUCUCGUCAAGUCUUCUGCCGUCCUAUCUUCCACAGCUUCCUCCCCGCUCUCGUUCGCUUCGUCCUCGGUCUCGCGCUCCUCUUCUCGCUGUCUUCGUGCGUCUGCGUCUUGUCUGUCGCCUGCGUCUUGUCUGUCGCCUGCGUCUCUGCGCUCGUCUCUUCCUCUUUUUUCUGCGGACCGCGCGGCACCAGAGGCGUCGCCUGCAGACAUGCCUCUCGAGGACCUCGCGCGCUUCAGACGGAAGCUGGAGGAACUGACUGGCCUCGAGUUUGCUGCGGAGCUACGCAAGCGAGGCGUUGCCGUCCCUGGAGAAGAGCCGCAGAAAAUCGUCGACGCGGUCGUACGACUUCUGCACGACGACCUGCGAGUCGCCGAACACUCAGAGGACUCCGGCAAGAGGAUCUCUGGACGAGACAAAGGACAUGCUGAACGAGGAGAAGCCGGCGAAGAAGAAGAAGGCGAACCUGAGUUCCGCAGUCGAGGAAGGCCCCCGCGCUCGGGAGGCCUCGGCGACGAGAGGAAGGCGAGGGAGGAGGAGGAGAAGAAGAAGCGGAGCGAGGAGCAGAAGAAGGAGGAGAUCCUCAAUUUCCUGCAGACCUUGUCUCCGGAGGAAUCAGCGGCGCUGGGGAGAGAAAUCCGAGAGAUGGAGGCGAGAAAUGCGCGCGAGUCCCGACGUGACGAAGACGCCCGAGGCGACUCCGAAGACGCACCAGCGCAGCACCGCAUGCAUGAGAGGAGCGCCGGAGAUGCCGGAAGGGAACAUUCAGCCUCCUCACGCAAAGGCGAAAGAGAAGAAGACGAAGAAGACGAAUUUGCAGCAAAGGGCAGGAGAGCAGGACGGAGACCUUCGAGUGAGGCUUCGUCGAAGAGCGAAGAUGAGGCAAAGGAUCCGAGUGGAAUCGAACCUCCGGAAGUCCUUUUUUUUCCAGAAGCCUCUAGGCGGGAGUACUGGGAACCCAAAUUUGCCUGGCGCAGCGAGGUGGCGACGCUAGAGGAUCAGCUGGAGCUUCUUGAAGAGCGCGGCGCGUCUCUCUCCGACGCGCCGCGCGGGAAGCCCAGACUCGAGAAAUCGAGGAGAACUCCGAAGCUUUCUCCACGUGGAAAGCAGUUCGGCGCUCGGUCUGGAAGCCGCGAAGCACACACACCCCCAGAAAAGAACGGGGAGGAGUAUGAAAACGAGGAAACCGGAGGAGAGAGAACAGACGGCGGGCGCGCAGAGCACGAGGAGACAGAAGAGGAGCGCGAGAGCAGGCGAGAGCGAGAACGCGAGGAGGAAGAACAGAGAGGUGAAAGCGACGCAAGCGAAGAAGACUUGGACGUUCUUUUAGGAACUGGAGAAAUCGAAGAGGACUUGGAACCGUUGGACGCGGAAGAUGUAGACCGCAUCCCAGGUCUGGUCACAGUUCGAGAUCUUCUCCGCAGAGAGAUCUUGUCUCUGCCUCUUGUUGUAUCUCCACGACAGAAAGGGCAUCGGCAGAAACCGCAGCGCGGACAACUGAGAAGUCCGGGAUCCACAGCUGGCGAGGAAGAGCGUCUGUACAGAACAGAAGCCGGAAACGAAGCCGAACGUCGGCAGACGCACUCGCAGAACGCGCUGCUUCCCGACAGACACCGAGAAGAAGAAGCGCUCGACGAAGACAGUGCAGUCGGGGGCGCCGCCGCCCUGUGGAGGCGGAAAUACAAAGGAACCGAUGAAGAUGAAGGAGACGAGGAUGAAGGUGAUGAAGAGGAUGAGGAUGAAGAGGAGGCUCCGACGCAACUGAUUCUGCCGCCACAGUUCAGGUCGCUGCCGAAAGACCGACGCGAGCAGCUCCUGGGGAUUCGGGAAACCGUGGAACGAACGAAGGAGGAAGAAGAGAAAGAAGACCCGACGGAAGGUGUGGAGAGAUGUACAUACACCCAAACGGAGCGCGAAGAAGACAUGCGGCGGGCAGCGGCGCGGCUUCUGGCGUCUGCGUCUUCACCAAUGAAGGAAGACGAUCCAAAAAGGAUCAGAGAAGACAAACGCGAGGACGGGAAGGAAGACAGGGGAGACGCACAGCGGCCGUUUCCAGAACGCGUUGACGCUUACUGUGUAGCUUGGCAUCGACUCGUGGAGAGGCCCACCGGCGGCAAGGACGAAGAAGAAAUUGAAGAAGAAGAAGAACAACGGAGAGUUGGAGUGCUGCUCCUUCCAGAUGCUUCGGGGUGGAAGGAUUUCUUCGUUCGCGGACUCGCCGACCGCAUAGCCGACUGCUGCAAAUGCGUCGUUCUCGUUCCCGAUACAAAGCUCAUCUCGACUCUUGCGACAGCUGCUUCUCCUGGGGCAGCUGCUUCCUCUGAAGGAUUGUCUUCUUCCUCAGGGCCGUCUUCCUCUCUUUGGUCGCCUGCGGUGUUGAGAGACGAGUUGAUUCAUCGCUGCAUGCGCUUCUUGAAGGAGGCCUUCGGACUUCAAGGCGUUGCUCUCGUUGGACUCGAGCAGGGAGGAGGGCUCGUCCUCGAAGGCGCUGCAAAUCUUUUUCGAAUGCGACGAGAAAAACGCAACCUCGUCGCCUCCAAAGCCUCUGUCACUGCUCAGGAUCUUGAACAAAUACUGCUCCCAACUUCUCGUUCCUCUGCUCUCUCAUCAUCUGACUCAUGCGCUCCUUCUUCCCCUUCUUCCCCUUCUUCUCCUCCUACGUUUUCUUCUUCUUCUUUCCCUUCUUCCCCUUCUUCCUCUUCUUCUCCUUCUACGUUUUCUUCUUCCUCUUCUUCUUCUUCUGUUCCGGCGCCGCUGCCUUCGUUUCUCGCGGGGGGAGAGCUGAGUGUGCCGCAUGCAGUCGUGGCUUUUUAUCCGCGGCAGUUCGACCCUGAGUUUGUGGGGGCUCACAUGGAGGCACCGACUUUGGGGAUUUUUGCAGAGACCAACAGAAGGGGGGCCGCGCCGCGCGCGAGAGACUGCGGACGCGAAGGAGGCGCCAAGGAAGAAGGCAGGGACUUCCGCCAGAACGACGGACGACUCGUGGAGCGACAGGGUGCUGCAGAAGGCAGGAGAGAAGCAGAGUUAUCAGGAGAGAGGGACGCGGAGAGAGAGAGUCAGAGAGAACAGAAGUCGGAGGAGACAGCAAGGCGUCUCGAAGGAGAAGCGGGAUCCGAGACGCUCGAGCAGGCGUUCCGUUCGUUUGAUCGAAAUUUCCAGAGAGACUUCCUGAUGCACGUUUUCCACGGCGUCAGCUGCGGCUUCGCGCAUCGCUUCUGGGACGACGAAACGAAGAAACGCUCAAAGAACAACGAGGCUGCUGAAGAUGCCUUGCUCCUCGCCACAGCAUGGCUCGACAUCUGGCUGUCUCCGCCCUCGGCGCCUCCGCGGUUCAACGUGAUCAACGACCUCACGGACUUCCCUAACGCGUUCAAAGAUUUCCGCGCCUCUCCGCAAGGAUAACGCAGUGAAGACACAGGACGGCGUCUGCGGUCCCGGUAGCGACGCGCGGAGAAACCGAGUUCUUGCGCGCAGUCCGGCGGCUCUGGAGAGGCGAGAAAAGGACAGAGGGCAGAGGGAGAGUACGGAGAGGGCAGUACAGUCUUUGGGCUGGGGUGUACAGCAGCGACGAAGAACGUCGCUGUCAGGUUCUCGCAUCUGGACUUUUAGUCGUCGGUCGCCGAGGUUCGACAGGGUCCCGGUUUUUUCAUGCGGUGGACUGCCUCUCACUUUGCAUCCUGCUGAACGGAAGAGGAGGCGAGUCCAAGCGCAGAAAGAGAGAAAGACGAAGAGAGAAAAACCAAGGAAGUAAGGCGAAAAAUGAUGAAGAGAGAUGA